CAAGUGGCGAGUCUCUUUAGCCUUAGGGUUGGUUCGCAGAGCCUGAUUCGGAGCUCAUGGCUUGCACAAUAGAUUUCCGCCGCCUAGAUGAAGGCUUCGGCGGCAAAACUUACAAACGAAAGCGCCAAGAAUCGCAAAUUACCGCCAGCAGCAACGAUGAUGCUGCCGCCGCCGUGGCUACGUCCAUGGACGUCGACGAUUCUUGUCGCCGACCCGCGAAGCGCUCUGCGUUGCCUUCCUCCGAUGACCCCGACAAACCCACCUUCGGUCGACCCACCUACGACGGCGUGAUUGCGGGAAAGGUGUCGGGUCGGAACUGGAAGCAGACACGAAAGCAGCGUGCUUCCGCGAAGCACGUGAGUGUAAAGCGGACGACUUUCGAGGAAAGAGAUAGGCAGAAGGAGAUAAAGAGAGCUUACAAGGAGAGGAUGAAUGAGUUGAAGGAAGAGAUUAGGCAAAACAAGAUUGAGAAGAGAAAGAAGAGAGAGGAGAGGGAGAAGAAGAAGAAAGAGAACAUUUUGAGGUCUGGGACUAAGUUUCAGAAGAUUACCAAUCCCAAUANGGAUAUCCAUUACCAUUCAUAG